GGCACAGCACAGACUUGACGCCAGAAGAGACACUCCAGUCAAACCAGCCCACGAUCACGACUGCGGAGUUGUUGAAGAUACGAAGACUUACAGCUGCAUAACCCUCAGUCUUGUCUUUUCUGCAUGUAGUAGAUUUUGUAAAAUAAAAUGCAAAGUAUUUAGAGUUGUAGAGAGUUUUUUGCAGCUGCACAGACCGGAAGAAGAAGAGGAGGUGACAACAAAUGACAAAAGCGCAGAUUGACAGAUGAAAACAUGUGAGCGCACUACCCCUCAGAUCGUCGCUGUCUCAUCUCACCUCGAUGGACUGGGGGCCCUCUGUGCUCUGGGCUGACCUCCAGUCCUGCACCUGAGGCACUGGGACCAGAGUCUGUACUCAGCCCAGGGGACUUCAUGGAGCAAAUACUGCAGAAGCUGGGCAGUGGCAUGCAGAGUGAGGAGGGCACAGAAUGGCUGCUGGAGCUGCUGAUGGAGGUGCAGCUGCAGCAGUAUUUCCUGCGCAUCCGAGAUGAGCUCAACGUCACGCGACUCUCUCACUUUGAUUAUGUCAAGAAUGAAGAUCUGGAAAAGAUUGGCAUGGGCCGCCCAGGGCAAAGGCGUCUGUGGGAAGCCGUAAAAAGACGGAAAGCAAUGUGCAAGCGCAAGUCCUGGAUGAGCAAGGUGUUCAGUGGCAAGCGCCCAGAAGGAGACUUCCCCCAGCAGGGCCAGCCGGUGUCCUCCUUCCGAAAGCUGUCCCCCACUCCUCCCUUGGGCCUAGCCGAGGGGGUCCUGGCUGCUCAGACUGGGGUUACUGCUGCUCUGGAAGGUCAGCAGGCGCUCACCUGUCUCAUCCCAGAGAAAGACCUGACUCUGUUUGAGAAACUGGGUGAUGGCUCUUUUGGGGUCGUGAAGAGGGGGGAGUGGCUAACACCGGCUGGGAAAGUGCUAAAUGUUGCUGUGAAGUGUCUAAAAACAGAUGUGCUGAGCCAGCCAGACGCCUUGGAGGAUUUUAUUUGUGAAGUCAACGCCAUGCACUCCCUGGACCAUCAAAACCUCAUUCGCCUCUAUGGUGUAGUGCUCACACACCCCAUGAAGAUGGUGACGGAGCUGGCUCCUCUGGGCUCUCUGUUGGAGCGUCUGCGGUGCAUUCGUCCUCAGGGCCCUGUGCUCAUUCACACUCUGUGUCAGUACGCUGUGCAGGUGGCCUGUGGCAUGGCCUAUCUGGAGCAGAGGAGGUUCAUCCACAGAGACCUGGCAGCUAGGAAUAUCCUUCUGGCCUCUGCCCAUAAAGUGAAGAUUGGAGACUUUGGCCUCAUGAGGGCGCUGCCCAACAACGAUGAGCACUAUGUCAUGCAGGAGCAUCGCAAGGUCCCAUUUGCAUGGUGUGCUCCAGAGAGUCUGAAGACCAGAACCUUCUCACACGCCACUGACACCUGGAUGUUUGGAGUGACUCUGUGGGAGAUGUUCACUCACGGUCAAGAGCCAUGGCUUGGACUUAACGGGAGUCAGAUUCUUCACAAAAUAGACAAAGAAGGAGAGCGCCUCCCGAAGCCAGAGGAUUGUCCACAGGAUAUUUAUAAUGUGAUGCUUCAGUGUUGGGCUCAAAAACCAGAUGACAGGCCCACGUUUGUCGCUCUUCGAGAGUUUCUUCUUGAGACCAUGCCCACAGACAUGUGUGCCCUGCAGGACUUUGAGGAGCCUGACAAACUUCUAAUCCAAGUUAAUGAUGUCAUCACUAUCAUUGAGGGAAGGGCUGAAAACUACUGGUGGCGUGGACAAAACAAGCGCACUUUAAAAGUUGGCCAGUUCCCUAGAAACGUUGUGACCUCUGUGGCCGGUUUAUCGGCUCACGACAUCAGCCGACCUCUGAAAAACAGCUUCAUCCACACAGGACACGGAGACACCAACCCACACCGCUGCUGGGGCUUCCCCGACCGGAUAGAUGACUUGUACCUCGGUAACCCCAUGGAUCCUCUGGACGUCCUGGCUUCAGAUCUCACCAGCACUCGGCCCACGCAGCUCCCAGGACGAUCCAAAAAGCCCUGUUACGAUCCUGUAAAUGAGGAGGAGGAUUUGACUUCAGCAGGACUCAAGAGGCUCUCCCUCCGUAAAACCGGUUCUGUCAAAGGACUGAAAUUUAAACCUGCUGCCUGGGUGUCAGCUUCUAAACAAGGGUUAAAAAGCCCAAAUCACCAAUUUGAAGUGUCUCUUAUUGACUUUGGGGAAGAGUAUGCCCCCCCAGCGCCCUCCCCCUCUCCUGUGGUAGAGGUUCACAUCCCCACACUGGCAAGACUGGCCUUGGAAGCAGACAAUAUACUUGACCGUACACCUCCUCAGAGCCCUUCCAGAAGUCUUCCUCGUCCCCUGCAUCCCACCCCUGUAGUGGACUGGGAUGCCAGGCCACUGCCUCCUCCUCCAGCCUAUGACGAUGUAGCACAGGAUGAAGAUGAUAUGGAAGUAAGCUCCAUCAAUAGCACUGAGCACAGAGAGGAGCAGCCCCUAACCUCUGGGCACACCACAGAAGAGGAGUCUGGCGGCCCCUGUAGUUUAAACAAACCAGGCCUUGAGGACAAUCUGUUUCUUCCCACAAAGCAGAGCUGCUCCAGUGCAUUCUCACAGUCUGCAGAGAUCUUCCAGGAGCUGCAGCAAGAAUGUAUGAGGAGGCUACAUGUGCCUCUGGCUCCUGUUCGCUCCACUUCUCCUUCACAGAGCUCUGGUGCUCAGACCCCCCUGACCCCCCUCUGUAAUGAGGACAAACCGCUCAUUCCUCCCCGUGUGCCCAUACCCCCACGACCCAUAAAGAGAGGAGACUACUCUGGCUCUCGCUGGUCCCAGGACCUGUCUCUGUCGCCCUCUCCAGCUGACCUCACAGAGGAGCAGUCAGCCCCAGACCAGGAGAGGCCUCCUCAGAUCCCCCCCAGAGACCCAUUAUCAGGCUCCCGGACCCCCAGUCCUCUGAGCCUGGUAGUUGGCUCACCUCAGCCUAGAGUGUACUCUAUCAGUCCUACAGCCAUGCAGUGCCACAGCUCCUGCCCUUCCUCUCACACCUAUGGGUCCUACCUCUCCACAUCUCCUGCUAAGACCAUGCCCACCACACACAGCUUUGCCUCUGAUCCCAAAUACGCUGCUCCCAAAGUCAUUCAGGCCCAGGGGAAGGAGUCCGCCAAUAAGGGCCCAUGUAUUUUGCCCAUUGUCCGGGACGGUCGCAAAGUCAGUAACACUCACUAUUACCUGCUGCCAGAGAGACCUCCAUACCUCGACCGCUAUGACCGCUUCUUCAGGGAGACUGAGAGCUUCCCUUCCAGCCCUGUGGAGGAUCGAGCAGGCCGCCACCCCAACAUGGCGGCUGUCAAACCCAUGGUGGUCAACAGCCAGACCCUUCCAGGACACUGCCCGGGACAGGUGCCUUAUCUGUCUAGUAGCAGUGUGGGGCUACGCUCAGGCAUGAAGACCUCUGUAAGCCUCCCUCGAGUCUGUAUAGACACAACCGUGUCUUGUCAGAGGACAGAGGAAGGAGCGCCCUCUGCUGACCUGAUUAGAAUGGUGCAGGAGGCCGUCCAUGGAGUGACAAUAGAGGAGUGCCAGGCGGCGCUGCACAACCACAGCUGGAGCGUCCAGAAGGCUGUGCACUACCUGAAGGUGGAGCAGUUGUUUUGUCUGGGCCUUAGAAGCAGGGCAGAGUGUUUGAAGCUCCUGGAGAUGUGCGACUGGAACUUGGAGGUGGCCAGUACCCAGAUGUUGGAUAACUAUGGAUCUACAACAAGGCAAAGACGGUGACAGGGACUUAAAUGGACUUACAUAAACUACAGACUUCCUCCCAAGGACUGCACUGUCUUUCAAUGAAGGAACAUGCGAUUUCAACAGAUUUAUAAACAUGUAUUUCAUAGGGAGUCCGCUACAUGUUGCUGUGGGGUUGAAUCAUUUUGGCACUUAGAAAUGCUACAGUACUUGUCUGUGUACAUUUGUUUCUACAAGUUCUCAGUGGUAUCUAAUGAAUAACGAGGCCGAUAUCUCACGCAGUAACAAGACGUGUUUUAGAGUGGUGCAUUUUACGGCCCACCACAUCGCUCUAUUCCUUCUCUAAGCACUUAGCCAUGCAUGUUUACAUGCAUCAGCUCCAAGUUCCGGCCAACUUUGUGUUUUCUGCAUGUGUCGGCACUUCACAACAGCAGCAUAGUGCGAUUUAUCCAACCUACACACCCCUGUCCCAUUAUAAUCACUUAAAGCUGUAACUGCGAUAUUGGCUCUGCAGUAAUUUAUAUAGUAAACAUAGACCGCCUGGACACUACAUUACAGACCCAAGAUGUCCAAAGUGAAGUUCUAUUUAAUAAUAAGCAAGUUUGAGUUUUUUUUAUUCACAUCACACAGUUGCAGUAUUAUUUAAAAAUCCAAUCAAAUGUAUAAGUAACCAACCUACUUUCAACUUUCCCAUGGCAUUAGGGCUGUGUGAGAACAAUGAAACUUCUCAUCUCUGCUAAGAAUAUAGAACUGAAUGCCUUGAGUAAAUUAGGUGCUGAAUUGUGUUGAAAAAUAUAUUUAUUUAUAAAAUAAAAAUAAAAAAAAGAUGUACAGUGUUUUUUUGAAAUGACAACUUUCUGUAAGAGCUUUGUCCCAUGUGCAAUAAUGACACUGUGCAUACUGUCCAUCUUUUUGACUUGUGUUUUUUUUGUGACUUUUUGGACCUAAAAUGUCUCUGUAAUUUCCACUUAGUUGGAGUUCUUGUUAAACAGGACCACAGGAUCUACUGUUUGUACUAUGUUCGUCUGUCUGAUACCAUGCUGCUGUAGGCCCAAUACAAGAACUGAACCCAAAGUCAAUCCUUACUUGUGUUAUGGACAUGUGUAAGUAGUUAAUAUUUUUGUGUCUUUUCUAGCGUGUUUCUCUACUUGUUUCUAUGUGUUCUGUCUACUGUACAAUUUGUGUUUCGUGGAUUUGUAAAAAAAAAGGUCCAUGCUGCCAAUUAUACAAAUGUAUUUUUAUUAAAAGAUUUUAUCAUUUUCUACCU